GCAAUAUCCUUUCUGUUGUAGUUUAUAUCGUCAGUAUCAGUUUGUGUGAUAAUACGUCUUUAUGUCCAGUAUUAAAUAUUCUGGAUUAUUGUCGAGGUCAAUUUUUGUUGUCACGACUAUACUUUGGCUUUGGUCAAUACCUGUGAUCGGAAUGCAAGAUUGUAACGAGAAGAAGACGACCACCUACGGGUCCGGCCAACUAAAUAUUACAGAAAAUGAAGAAAACGAAUUGAUUUCAGUCAUCAAAUGUCAAGUCAAAGGCUUUCAAUUUGUAAAUGGUGUAAGACGAACAACAGGUUUAAACGUAUUUGCAAUGGACCAAGGAUUGGGAAUCACGGUGACUUGCAACGAGGAGACUGGGGCCUUGCACCCUAAUAUAUUUGAGGAUCUCAAUGGGGAUGAAAGAGUCUUGUACUGCGACGAGGGAUGCACACCAUACAGAGAGGACAGGUACGAAGUGGUGUACCCUGCUUCAAUAGUCACCAGCGAGGAAAAUAGUCCGCCACUUAUCUCCAAUAACUUCAUGAGCGUGUCUCUCGCUUGCCAACCAGGGUAUACAAGAUCAGUUGGUAACGUUGGAAAGAUCUCAGUGUUGUGCAAGAAAGACAGUGACACCAGGGCAGUGGCAUGGUCUACUGACAACAUCAUCGACUGUAUCAGCGGUUGUAAAGACAUUACACAAGCGGUUUCAAAUGGUGCUACAACUGAUAAGCCCAGCACUACCAAAGGAGCCUCUCCCUUUAGACCUGGGGACUCCGUAACCUUCUUCUGCGAUCCUGGAUACACCCUGGUUGGUUACAAGAACCUAACUUGCACCGGUGCUAACAUUUGGAACGAGAAUACACCGGAGUGUGUAUACAUUGCAGCUGUCUAGAUAGAUAGAGAUGCACUUGUAGGUGCCUAGAUGUGCACUGCAGGUGACAUUUUAACUAGCCGAAAAUCAUGUUAAUUUAUAAUUUCGAGUAAAUUGAGGAAUAAGGAGAAUCAUGAGCUGAACGGAUGUAAAAAUUACGAUUAAACGUUGACGGCAUGAGUGGUGCUCCAAGUUCGGCAUUUUUGGAGACUACUCGCAAAACAAAUUGGAACAGAGAUUGUGAUUUGUGUGAAAUCUCAAGAGAAAACGUUAUUAUGGUGGUCUUAUUUACAACUUUAACAACAUCUACAUUUCGAUUUAUAUGAGCGUGUUAAAUUAAAAUAAAAUAUAACUGCAUAUUUAACCUACUGAAAAACUUGGUUCAUGUUUGAUAAACUUUAAAUUAUUAUUCCAAUGAAAUAUCUGCUGAUCUAUAUUUUAGUAUUUCUAAUAUUUCUACUAUAUAUGAUACUUUAAGCAU